UUCAAAAACUCCGCCAACUGGUCGAAUGGACAACAAAAUAAACUGUAAAUAACAAAGUACAAAGUAACUUCGUUUAAAAAGAUGCCCUGUCAACAGAUCGACAGGUAACCGCCGGUAGCGAUGAACCGAGGUAGAAGGAAGUUUGACCCUCCGUCCGGUCUGACAGGCUCGCCGCUCCAUCAACAGACGGCCACAUCAAAACCAAACCGGCUGAGCAGAACUUUCAGACAGAGUCAGCAAACAAAAACAGCGGCGCAGAUCGACUCUCCAAACAGCCAACAGUCAGAUUUUAAGACCCCGACCAGAAUCCCGAGAUCGAGAGCAGGUGGUGGUUUCAGUGAAGAGUCUCCACACAACGACUCUGACUUUCAGCAGGACAUCAUCUGGGACGCCACGUCUCCUUCACCCAACAGACUCGGUAAAAGAGGAAAGAAACAGCGUGCUGGAGUUGUGGACAUCUCAGAGAUCGUUAACAGGAUUGCUCCGAAGCAUGGCAGACCUGAGAACGCAGAGCCAACUUUACAGCAGUGGAUCGGAGACAGCGCCACCAUUCCCUGCACACCAGAUGCUCAGGUGCCCAAACCCAAGAAGAAAUCCCCGAGGCCGAAUGCAGUGGACGACUUGCUGAAACUGGCCAAACAGUUUGACUUCAACAUGUUUCGUCAAGAUGAAGAAGUGGAGGACCUGCACCAGCAGAGUCUGGAGCUCCUGUCAGAGGAUAUCUUGGAUUUAGAGAACAGUGAGAAUGACGUUUCAUCUUCGCUUCCUGGAAACUUUCAGCCAGCUGGGAAGGCAGCAGCUGCAGCAGAUGUGCAGGUCCACCUGGAUCAACAUAUGGAAGACGAUUUGGAUUUUCUGUUUGAUGGACCGACCCAACAUGUGAGCGGAAACUUAAGUCAGGUGUCGUCACAAGUAAAACCUGCCUCUGAUGGAUCUUCCAAAGAGGCUUCUGGGAAACUGUCUUCUUCCUUACAUGGUUCCACUUGUAGUGUUUCCACGACAAACACUAAAGGCACUUUGGUAAACCAAGAGUUUGAGGAUGAUUGGGAAAAUGAUGACUUGCUAAAUGACUCUUUAGUUUUGGAGAUGACACAAAAUCCUCAGAGCUUCUCUGCUCCGAAGCACUGUUCAACCCAGAAACCAUCCAGUGAAAUAAAAUAUCAAAGACCAGUAAAUGUUCCCACCAGUGAAAGUGUUGGACUCAGCCAAUCAGCAGCUUCUAAAGUGGAAAAGGACAAUGUCAGACAAAGAACGACUUUCAAACUAGAGUCAAAUCCUAAUUUCUCUGCCAGAAGAAUCCAGACAGACACAUGGACAAAGUCGAAGGUGGAUUUCAGCUCAGAAACAGCAGUUAAAGACAAUCACCAGAGCAGGUUUUCAGCUGGUAGAGGUGUUGUAGUCAAAGCAGGAUCUCAGAGUACCUGCCAAACAUCAAACAUGGUAAAGUCAGACCUACAGAAACCCCAGUUUCAUCACAGGACUUCUGUUGGAGGCUCGUACGCCAAACACAACACAACUGCUUCUGCUGCGUCAAACACAUCAGCUACAGAAACAGCUGCAAGCUUUCCACAAAGACCUGCGGUAGUUUCAUCCCACCACGAGGCACCUGCUGGUGCCGACCUCCUAGAUGAGGACCUGUACUCGUUCUUCUUGUCUGACCCGGUUUGGGACGACCCAGCCGAUGACGACCUGCUGUGUGAAAUGUGUGAAGACGUGGAGAACCAGAUGCAGAGGGUGGAGAACGUUUCCACUAAACAGACAGUGAGUCACAUUUCAAACCAGAGAGCAGCUUUGCAGCCGGCCAGCAGAACCUGGGACAACAGAAACCAGCCAGCCAAUCAGCAACCGUUUCCCCAAAAACAAACACCAGCCACUCUUCCCUGUGCUUCAGCUAGAGCUGGCAGUUCACUGGCCGGAGGUUCUGUCUCCAACUUCACUGCAGGUGCACAGAUGAACGCAGGGCCGGAUUCUUUCAGAUUCACACAAGCAAAAAACGUUUCAGGACCCACAAAGAGUUCAGCGUGUGUGCAGGGGAGCAGCAGGGUCCAGUCAGCAGCGCAGGGAAAGACCCACAAAGACCAGUUCACCUUCAAGAAGCCGAACAGCCCAGUUUCUACAGGGGGCAGCAAAGCCACAGCGAGCUGCUUAGAGGGAGGGCUGCAGGCUGUUCCUGCACUGCGAGCAGGUGAUGAAGCUGUGAGUAAAUGUUCAGCAGCAGAGAUCGAGCUGAAGAAGCAGCAGGCGAUGGAGAGACGACGACAGCGACUGCAGGCCGCCCAAAACCUCCGAGCACCCACCUGACAAACAGCCUCUUAACACAACAGACCUUUAGAACAGCGUCUCACCUCACCUGGCUCAAGGUGAAACCGGACAGAAACUGCUGCGCUGUUGUCAGAGCGCCACCUGUCCAGCACUGCUGUCAGCAUUUCACACCACUGGCGACUUUCUCAGUGGAAAAGCGUAAAUGUUUGAAUCAGCUCGACCAACAUUUCUUGUAAAAGUUGUUCAUUUAGAGUUAAACUGCAGCUGUGCUGAAAAUGAGCUUUAUGUUGUGUUUCUAUUCUUUCACAAAUUUUGUGUUUUUAAAUUAAAUCAUGUUUUUGUGUCUUUAGAUCAAUAGUUGGGGAAUAUGCUCAUUAACCUUCUUUCUGAGAGUUUGAUUAUAAGUGGUGUGUAAUUCAAGUAUGGAGCUGGAGUUAGGAUGUGGUUAGCCUAGCUUAGCAUAAAGACUGCAAGCAGGGGGAAACGACUUACCACACUUUGUUUCAUUUGUUCGAUCUGGACGGAAACCAAAAUGUGAGAAAGACAGUUUGUGGUUUUACAGUGAGGGAACUAUUUCUUGACAAAAAACUGCGUAUCCAUACGCCCAGUGCAUCUGUGCAGCAUCUCCAGCUACAGUGCAGGCUGCCAGAUAAGCUCAGUGAGCACUGGGUUUCGUUUCAGGAACAAUGGCUUCAAACCUGGCAACCUCACUGUGAAGACCAACUUUCAGGAAGCAACAAGAAAUAGUUCCAGCACAUAACUCACAUACAGAGUGUUAAUCAGAGAGCGUUAGAGGUGUUGGUAGGUACAUGUUUGAAUUGUGGACAGAGCCAGGCUAGCUGUUAGCCCCUGCCUCCAGUCUUUAAGCUAAGCUAGGCUAACCACGUCCUGAUUCCAACUCUGUACUCAACACACGGACGUGAGAGUGGUAUUGAUCUUCUCAUCUCAUGGAGAGAAAGCAAAUAAAUGUGCUUAUUAGAAUGGUGAAUUAUUAUUUUUAAUGUCUGCAAGAGUUGUAAAUGUUUAAUGCAAGAAUGUUUUAAACAAACAGCCCAUUGAUUUGGAAAAUAGUUUGUUUGCUGUCAUUUACUUUGACAUCUGUUACUGCUAGGCUAGCAGUUUCCCCCUGCUUGCAGUCAUUGUGCUAAGCUAGGCUAACCACAUACUGGACAGAUGGGUUUUCCAGAGUGACAUACUGUUCCUUGAAGAUCUUCUGGCCGUCCAUUGCUGAUGAGAAGUCACAUGAGGGCUGCUGUUCUUCACCUUCUUUUGAUUGUGAACCUGAGUGUCAACUGUGGCUGCUCUUCUCUUGCUUAUUCACUUUAUUUUCUGUGAAGCACUUUAACUGCUUUUAAAGUGUUUUACCAAUAAAAUGUUUA